CAAGAAACUGCAUGCUGCAGAGUCGGCACUCAGCGGCGCAGACAACCCAAACCAGACCAGAAAACGAGAAAAACUGGCGUUAUGAAGUUUUAUACUGUUUAUCUGUGAUAUUUGAAAAAAUCAAAUUUUCCUUAAUUAUUAUUGAAGUUACCCUUUGUUAACGUUUAAAUAUGAGCUCAACGAUGACAGAGUUAAAAGGAGGAUUAAUUUACAACAAGCAGUUGUGGGCUGUUACUGGCGGCACAUUGCUGGGUACAAGUGUUGAAGCUGCUCGUAAACAGCUUCAAAAGGCUCGAUCACAAAUUCUAGCAGGAAUCAGUCACUAUCGACCAUUUAAUGAAGAUUCUGAGAAAAAACUUAAGUCUUGUCUUGAUGGGAAAACACUUUCUUUUGUUGUUAACAUAGCACGACAAAUGAAUUUAGAUGCAUUACAAGCAUGGGAUCUUAUGGUGUUUUACCUUGAACAUGAAUUUCGUGGCAGUGAAGACAACUUGGAAUCAUUUCUUGAAAGUGAUGUUCGGAAAGAACAAUUAGUGAAAGACAUAUGCAUGUUCUAUUGGAGUGAGCGUGCUUUUUUAUUAAAGUGUAUUGGAAUAUAUUUAGCCUAUUGGCAGGAUAAAGAACACCCCUUCUCAGAAGUGUUUUCUGAGCUACUCUCUGAUUUAACAGCAAAUGCUAUUUUUGAGUCUCUUCUGAAACAGUUAAAACAGCUCACUGAGCAGAAUGCUCCCACAUCAUCUACCAAUUUAAGCUCUAGCACGAAAACAAGUAUUUAUAGCACCACAUCAGACCAGUGGAUGUCCAUUUACUUGCAAGAACAACUUUCUGUGCUUCACAACUUGACUCUCUUUGUGGAUGGAUACCAAUGUCAGUGGCGAAAUAUUCUGGAGACAUUGAAGUUAUGCAAGCAUCCACUUUUGUAUAGGCAUAAACUGAAGAGGCAGCACCUCCCCCUCCUUCAGGGUAUUACAUUUAGUCAAGUUGUUCUACUUUUAAGGAUGAUUGACGUGUCUGAUUUAGGCUUUGCCAAGACUCUCUGGCUUGAAGAUGGAUUGAAACUUCAUUCCAGUUUUGAUACUGAAAUGCAAGAAUUGUACAAAAAGGAAGAGCAUCCACCGCUGCUGUUAGUAUGGAUGCUCUUUAAUUUUUAUGGGGUUCCUGAAGAAGAAUUUUCAAAGUAUAGGAAAUUUGGUUUUAUGGCUACUAAACUUAAUGUGUUUUCAUAUCUAUCUAAACUUUUAAAUGAACCAAUGUUUAAGUCAGAGGCUACUAGAAUAUCAGAGAUAGCCUAUUCGACAGUUUAUAAGCUGAUUGACUGUCUUACAUCAAACUUUGAGCCGGAAAAGCUGCAACCUAGGGAAAAUUUACUCUCUCUGUGUGCAACAUUGCUUCAUCAACCAUCUACUGCAGAUAUGUUUUGGAACUCUGACAGUGAUUCUGGUAUUCGUCUCACUGUAGAUGUGGCCAUGAGACGCUUUCCGCUUGAAUUUGAAUCUCUCGUUCAUAUUGUCACAUCAUUAGCUUCAGCAAGCCCAAGAAGUUGUGAAGAGGUUUUGAAAAUGGUAUCUGAAUUGGAUUUUCUUUUGGAACCUCUUGUACCAGCUUUGCUUCAACUGUUGACUUACACUUCUGGGUCCAACAAUAGUGUGACCCUAACUGGUUUGCACAGACCCCUUCCUCAUGUUGAUGCUUUGGUUUUGCACUCUGGUACUCUUGGAACCCUUGUGGAUCAAAAUCCUCAUUUUGUAUGCUGGAAGGUGAAGUACAGCUUUUGGUUGGCUGUUCACAGUGCACAAGCCUCCUUCUUGACUCAGAUAAGUUUAAGUUCUGGUGGUGGUGUAGAACCCGCAGUUGUUGUCCGUGCUCUUGCUUCUGUUCGGUGCAUUGCAGCUUGCUUAGAAUCAGGCUGUGAAAUUCAACCUGCAGAACCUGCCAUGGUUUUACCUAUUGAACUCGUUUUUUCAAUUAUGGAAAGGUUUCUUCUCGUCUCAAACCCUAAGUCAGCUAUGAUGGCUGCAUGCCUUGAGGUUGCUGCAAGUCUUGUCACUGAAUUUCCGAGUGAUGUAACUAAUAAACUGAGAGCAUUAGACUUUCUGCCAACAACACAGCCAGAUGAAGGAACUGUCAUGACAUACAUUAGCUUUGCUCAAGGACAUUUUUUUAACGCUGGAGUUUUUGGACGAAUAGUUGUCAAUGAAGAACGCCCAGUUGGCUCAUUUCCAUUGAUCAGAGCUUACCUUUCUUUUCUCCAAAAACUUAUCAUGUCUGGCUGCAAAGAAAAAGAACAGCAAUCAGUAGCAUUGUCAGGUCUGGUUUAUGUGAUUCUAGAAGUCUUUCCUCGCUGUUAUGAAUGGGGAUAUGCUGCAAUGGCUGAAAGAACCCAACUGAGCCACCUCUGCCUUGAGUUAUUUCAUCACCUGAUCAGCCCUGCAGCUCUCUCUGGUGAAGGUGCUGGCAGUUCAUCGGAAUUUGAGAGAUUACUUGCUCACAUAAGUCUAUAUGCUUUAUUAUAUACUGACAAUGGACAUACAUUGCUUAGAAUUUGUGCCUUAGGUGAAGCUGAAUUGAAAGGACAAAUGCUGAAGCAAACAAGUUGGCUUAAAGGAGGAGGAGUAGAGCUGGUAGACCUUGUACGACUUGCUCUCUCUAUCCUUAUCAGAGUCCUUAUGCUGAAAGAUUCUGUUAAAACUGGAAAGGACUUGUCUCCUACUGAGCAACUGAUAUAUGCAUCUCCUAAUGCUAAAAACUCUCUUCAAGUGGUUCCAAACAUAGCAUACUAUGUCUACCACUGUUUCAAUCCAAAUGUUCCCAUUCUUGCCGUUAAAGUUUUAAAACGGAUAGCAUUAGAAGUUCCUAUGACACUUCGAGCAUGCCUGGCAAUGGAUGGAGAUGUUAUAAGAGAGGCAUUUGUUGCCAAACUGGACUCACCCCACCAAUCUAUGCAGCUUAAAGUUGCAAUACUGGAGCUGAUUACGGCAUGCAUUCAUACUCAGCCUGGAGCAACCGAAGCCUUUUUCAAUAUUCAUCAUCCUGAAGAAAGUAAGCGUUUGUUUAGUAAAGACAAGACUCCCAAUGAUGAUCCAAGUGGCUGUCUAACAUAUGCAUGCAAGCUGCUUGCCAAAGCUAAAGAUGAGCCAAUGUUAGUGCGUUCCAUGUUGUAUGGAGCUGUAGUGGAACUUUUGCAUGCGCUGUGGAUGCACCAUCAGAAGAUCUUGCUGAGUUUCUUGCGAGAGAAGAAAGAUUUCUGGGCUGAUCUUUGUGCACCAUUAUUUCUUCCUCCAAGUCACAAGGUUAGGGGAUAUGCUCAAGUUCUUAACAUAGUAUCAUCAGAAAUGUAUAUGUUUGGUUCUGGAGUUCACAAACAAUUGAUGGAACAAAUGCAAAAGCUGUUUUCUGAUAAAAACAACUAUCUGGUCACCUGGUCCAAAUUUAUAACACACUCCUUAUGUGUGGAGAGCAGUUCAAAUGAAAAGAGGGCAUUAGAUUCUGUUUCUGCUGCUGAAGACCCAGUUAAACCUCUCUAUGAAGAUGAAGUAAAGGAACGCCUAGCUUUAAUGACUGCUUGGAAGGAUAUGCUGUUAGUAGCCUUAGGGGAGUUGAGUAAUGUGCAGGAACUUAAACUUUCUGAAAAACAGCAAAGUGCUCUUGCCAGUCAUGUGCUGACAGCCCUUGAGCAGGAGGCAUCACGCGAUGCAUCAGCCUCCAACAAGCUUUCACUAAGACCAGCAGCAGUUACUAUGCUGGCAGAGCUUUUGCUCAUAUUACAAGCUAAAUGGGAGAGUUCUUGUUUUGCUGAUUCUGAUACAGCAGUAUGUCAACUGCAGACUGUGCUGUUAAGAUUUUCAUAUGACUAUCAUGGUUUGCCACCACGUACUAGAACAGCCAUCUUGAGUAGUGCCAUUCAGUCGGUUAAAUUGCUGCGGUUGAGUUUGUGUAGAAAUGAGGUGGCUAUGGAAAUCCUUGUAAAAGCCACAAUCACAAUGGUUUCUCAGGAGCUCCAGGCCAUAAGUGUUUCCAGAAGUAAUGAAAAUGAGGGUCCAAGCAAACUUAGUGUAACUUUACUCCAGGUGCUUUGUGAAGCUAUUUCUGAAGCUGCUGCCGGCCCCUGGACAGAGCUUCUUAGUCAAAGCAAAAUAGCAUGCAGAGUGAUAGUCAGCCUCAGUGAAGUUCUUUGCUCUCAAACUAACUUACAAUUCGCUCAAAGUGCUCUGUAUCUUUUGCUUUCAUUAGCUGGAUCAGAGCGCAAUGCAGCAUUAUUGAACUUGAAUUUUGUCCAAGAUCAACUUUGGUUACAACUCACACCAAAAGAAAAACUGCUAAUAUCUAACCAACCAUUCCAGUCACCAGAAUCCUGGGUAAACUCUCCCUGGUCCUCUGUCUUCUGUGUAGGUGUGGAGUUUGUUUGUGCAAUUCUAAAUCAUCAUGGAGUGAGAGCACUAGAAACAGCUGUAAACUUUUGUGCAGUGCAAGAAAAUGCUUUGUUGGACUGCCUUCUUUUGGCAAGGCAUACAUUAGAGCCCAGUGCCUUAUCUCUAUCAGAGGCAGCUCUUAAUCUGUUGUUACUCUUAGUACAACACUCAAAUCAAUGGAGGCUUCAAGCAUUUAGGACUUUCAGUAACUUAGUUCGAGGUGUUAGCAUGUGUUUAGAUAUUAGUGUUGGCUUAUUGACUAGACCAAGUCUCAUAGCAUCAAUGGCUGAAGGAACUAAGCAUUUGUCCAGUGCACUUCAUGGGGAAAACAGUGAUUCAUCGAUCCAAAUUACUCCUAAAGUGUCAUCUGCCUCUAACAAACUGAUGAAUAUGGUGAUACUUAGUAGUUCUUUCCUCCUUGAACUCUCUCCGCCAGUGUCCGCUUUGCUUUGUGAUAGAGAGUUAGAUAUUGAGGCAUGGAUACCACUUGUGGAUUUGAAUUGGUCUGCCCCUGCACAACCUGGACAAAGGCAAAAUUCACAUUGCCUCACCUUAGGAACUUUGCUGGCUGCUGUAAAUGUAUUUUCAUACACAGCUUCACAACAUAAAACUGGUAAUGUUGCAAGUCGACAUGGUAGGUCACCGCUAACUCGUGCAUUACGAGCAGCUUCCUCUCCAGUUCGUUUUGGCGGCACAACUCCUGCUACCUCUUCUGAUCAAGAUGCUAGGGAGGUAGCAGGUAUUACUGCAUGGACCAAAGCUUUAGAUUUUGACAGAGCUCAGUUGGGACUACAAAAGUCCCUCGCAUUGCUGGCCUCUCAAAGCCUCCUAUUGCUACGGGCCAGAGAUCCACGAGAUCAAGCUUUAUUGCGCCGAGAGUUAUCUACUGAAAUGAGCCAAUAUGUUGAGCUAAUGAGACGUACAUAUGGAGAUAAAUUUGAUUCAAGUGAAACACCCCCGGAGCGUUAUUUACCCACUAUAGAAGAAAAGGAUGAACCUGCUCGUCCUGCUGUUGUUCGGAGUCUCCAGCUAAGUGAAGAUCCCAAACAGACAUCUACAUCAUCAAAUGAAUCUAGGAGGCGCACUGCUUCAUCUGCCCACAAUGCUAUAUAUGCUUGCUCCGACAGUGAUUAUUUAAAACUCAUGGCACAUAUCUUUCAGAAAGUGUUUAGGGAGUAAUUCCUUGCUUUACACUGUCUCGGAUAUGUCACCUAUUUUACUACAAAAUGUACAUACAAUAAAUUUAGUUAAUUGACAAAA